GCAUAUCAGUCUUGUUUCUAACAUUGCUUGACCACGUCCGCGCUUUUUGGAAUUCUUCGUAUUUUUGAGGAUUCAAAAUUUGAGAAAUUCGAUCAGCACGAAAUAAUCUUCUUGUUUUCUCGGCAUCAUAUAUUUCCUGCUCUUCAUCGCUACUGUCUUCAACAAUACGCUUAUUAUUAUAAUGGAUUUUGAAUCAGAUCCUGCUGCUGACUUUUUGAACCGUGAAAAAGAAGUGCUUGGAGACCUUGAAAGCGAAAUAAUCGAAAAAACAAACGUCGAACCAUCUGGUGAAAUGCUUUCGAGUGAUGACUUUGAAAUGAUCAACAAUGACAUAGCCACUGAUCCUGCUGAGAACGAUGAUCUUGCUGGGAUGACAUUCAAUUCAAGCAAUGUUUCGGUGGUUCAAGAAAUUCCAGAGAAAAUAAAAAUAUGGCGUGAACAGCAAUCGGUUAUGCUAGAAGAAAAAGACAUUAAAGAAAAGGAAGCUACAGAGAAACUUCGUGAAUCUGCUAAGAAAGAACUUGAAGAUUGGUAUCAUACAUACCGUGAAUCUAAAGAAAAAACCAAAACUAUGAAUAGAAAAGAUGAAAAAGAUUUAUCAACAGCUGAUAUCAAUGGCAGUACUGAUGAUGCGACUAUUUGGGAAAAGAUUUCCUCUUUAUGCGAUUUUGGUUCUCAAGCAAAAGCCCCAAAAAGUGGUCGCGACACUACCCGAAUGAGGUCAAUUUUCUUGCAAUUAAAAUCUUCUCCUCCUGCUUCAAAAAAUGUUUAAGACAUUCAAAAGUAUUUAUUGCUAAUAUACAAUCUAAUUAUCUAUAUGAAUUAAGAUUAGAAAACAAAACUUGAACUUUCCACGUCCAUUCUUUCUUCGAUCAUUUACAUUUAUUGUUGUUUAAAGUAUUUCUAUCGAAUAAUAUAAAACUUAUGCAAUAUUGUUCUUCAGUAUUUACAAAUGAAUAAAUGAAAUAUUUUGAUAAUAAAAUAUCUGGAAC